AGAAAAGAAUUUGGAAUCAGUCACUCGGUUCCGUCCACCUUCCCUGGCUUAGGAGCUAUUUCCUCCUCCCUAAAAAGGGAGGCAAUCCUGUCUGCUCCGCCUAACUCGCAGAGCUGUGCUAAGAACCCAGUGCGCCUUAUGGGAAAGGCAGAUUAAAAACCAAGAAACAUAAGCCAGAAGCAGCAGUUUCUUGACAUGGAGAACCAAGCCAAUAAUACAAUGGGGGUGGGGACCCUACCACAACCACAGCCAUCUGAUAAAGGUCUGCUCUUAGCUUCUCCUUGUGAGGCCGAACUUCAGGAAUUAAUGGAACAAAUUGACAUCAUGGUAAGCAACAAAAAAUUGGACUGGGAAAGGAAAAUGCGGGCUUUGGAGACACGUUUAGAUCUUCGGGAUCAAGAGUUGGCAAAUGCACAAACUUGUUUGGAUCAGAAAGGUCAAGAGGUGGGGUUACUUAGACAGAAAUUGGACAGUCUGGAAAAAUGUAACUUAGCAAUGACUCAGAAUUAUGAAGGACAACUACAAACCCUGAAAGCUCAAUUUUCCAAACUGACGAAUAGCUUUGAGAAACUGAGACUACACCAGAUGAAACAAAGUAAAGUUCGGAGAAAAGAAUUACUGCACCCCAGAGAAGAAAUACCCUUUGAACUGAGCAAUCUGAACCAGAAAUUAGAGGAAUUUAGAGCAAAGUCAAGAGAAUGGGACAAGCAAGAGAUACUGUAUCAGACUCAUCUGGUUUCUUUAGAUGCUCAACAAAAAUUAUUAUCUGAGAAGUGUAAUCAAUUUCAGAAACAGGCACAAAGUUACCAAACUCAACUAAAUGGUAAAAAACAGUGCAUAGAAGACGGCAGCUCAGAAGUUCCUCAGUUGAUAUGCGAACCGGAUCACAGUUGUGAAGCCAGUGAAAGAGAUGAGUUCAUUAUUGAAAAACUAAAAUCAGCUGUGAGUGAAAUAGCAUUAAGCAGGAAUAAGUUACAGGAUGAAAAUCAGAAGCUUUUGCAAGAACUGAAAAUGUACCAAAGACAGUGCCAGGCCAUGGAAGCAGGACUCUCGGAAGUGAAAAGUGAGUUACAGUCACGUGAUGAUCUCUUGAGAAUUAUAGAAAUGGAACGAUUACAGCUGCACAGGGAAUUAUUAAAAAUAGGAGAGUGCCAAAGUGCUCAUGAAAAUAAGAAAAGACAUGAAUCAUCUUACUCACCUUCGACUAAAGAACCAGAAAGGAAAAGGAAAGAGUUGUUUUCAGUGAUCCUAGAUCAGCCAAAUCAUGAAAAAGAGUUGAACAAGAUAAGAAGCCAACUGUAUCAGGAGGAAGAGUGCCAUGGUUCUGAGCAGGAAAGAAUGAGGAAUGAAAUCUCGGACCUAACAGAGGAACUUCAUCAGAAGGAGAUCACUAUAGCAACUAUCAUGAAGAAAGCUGCCUUUCUGGAAAGACAGUUAAAAAUGGAGUUAGAAAUAAAAGAAAAAAUGUUAUCAAAACAGCAGGUAUGCAAGCGGGCAGGACAGCACUUGUCCAGGUCACUGUCUUGCUCGGCUCUGAUAGUCUCAGACAUGAGAUACAAAGCUGUCAGAACUGAAAACACACACCUGAAAGGGAUGAUGGGAGAUUUGGACCCCGGACAGUACAUGACAAAUGAAAUCACUGACAUUAAGAGUUUGGACUUCACUAACAGGGAACAUUCGAGGCAUACGUCUAUUAACAAACUGGAACACGAGAAUGAAAGGCUCCGAAAUGAUCUUGCAAAACUUCGCUCCAAUGGCAAAUCAGCAUGGGCCAAUCAAAAUACCUAUGAAGAAAUGGGACGGUACACCUAUCAAAACCAAAUGAAAAUGGAAAAAAAUGAAGAUAGACUUAGCCAAGACCGGGAGCCCAACAGAAGUGUGACACCUCCUCUGCCGCCUUUGCCAUUUCAAACCAGAGAAAUGACAAGUCCCCUGGUUAGCGAUGACGAAGUGUUCCCACUGUCUCCCCCAGAUAUAGUCUUCCCAGCCUCUUUGGCUGCACAGCAUUUCCUUCUGGAGGAAGAGAAGCGAGCAAAAGAAUUUGAAAAACUUCUAAAUACACAUAUUGAUGAACUGCAAAAACAUACAGAAUUCACUCUUAAUAAAUACACCAAGCUAAAACAAAAUAGACACAUUUGAGCUUUUAAACGCUUUUAUUUGCUUCCCCCACCCCAAGAAAAAAAAAAAAAGCUCUGGCAAAAUAUUUACAAAGCUGGAUAAUGAAACUGAGAAAUUUUGUUCUGUUUUCUUGAGUAAAUCAUUUCUGUUAGGCAGCUAGAAAAUAGGUAUUUUGGUCGAGAAAGCUGUUUGUAUUUCUGCAUUAACAUAAUAAAUUCUUUGGCUAUAGAGUUACUAUUAAAAAAACAUGACUACUCCAAAAGAGAUUUUUUUUCCAGUCUAAAGAAUAUUUUGGAAUUAAAUAUGGAGUUUUUUCCCCCACUUGAAUCAUGUAUACUGAAAACCCAUUUCCUCCGUAACAACACAAAACGAGGGAAAGGGGAAAAUGCUGCAUUUCAAAUAUCCAGAGCAGCUCAGUUGUACUAGGUUUGAAAACUCAAAAAUUUUUCCAAAUGAAAAAACCUUACUUUGAGCUCUGUAAACAUCCUAAAUUUCUGUUCGAAAUUUCUUGUAGAAAUAGCUUUACCAGUUCUACAAUCAUCCUUGUAAUGUCUCUCUGUUUUAACACAAUUAAGACAUGGAACGUGCUGUUUACACAUUUGAAAUGUAUGUACCAGCCAGAGAUUAAUGCUUUCCUGUUAGUACUACUUACUUCACGGAAAUGAACAAGACAAAGAAGAUCUAAAACAUUGCUGCUGUUACAAUCUUCCUUGUAACACCUCUGUUUUUAAUAUAAUAAAGCGAUAUGAAAUUCUGUGAAUGAAAACUUAAAUGCCUAAUCUCGAUGCAACAGUAAUAACACGGUAGUGGGCAAUAAAAUUCAAGUUACAAAUACA